GUUGAAAUAGCGUAGUGUCCUGUUUCUCUCUUAUUGGCAGAUGCAUCAUGACCUCACGUGGGAUAACCAGGAAAUGGAACUAACCCAAGGCUUUGCUUUCGGUUAAAUGUGAGUUUGUAGCUGCUCGAUUAAAAGACAGAGACAUGGCAGACCUUCCUCUUAACCCACUGGUUUUGAUUGGUGCCGGCUCCAGCUUUGCAUUCUCUGGCCUUUUCUAUCAUUUAUACCAAGAGAAGAAAAAAGAACUGCAGAAGCUGAAGGAAAUACCUGUUUUCAAACCAGAUACACAUCUGAUUAAAGUGUUGAAAGCAUCUCCCCACAAGCGACUUCAAUAUGUUGCAGUAGAAGGUCUGGUGCAGGCAGAUGGGGAGCCUCUGGCCAGCCAGUUUGUCCCCCGAUGCUUUGGUGUCAUUCAGAAGAUAGCAGUGGAGGAGCACUGGAAAUACUGGAACUCCCUCACCAAGACAUGGAAAUCCCGGACGAUGAACAGAAAAGAAACCAACAACUCUGUGCCUUUCAGUCUGGUCAGCCCUGGUGCCUACAGCACUAACGUGUAUGUGAAGAUCCAAAACCCACUGGAGGCCUCUGGGUGCCACCUUGACAGGGUUUAUAACAAAGUAAGACGUGCUGAAGAGGGCUUGGUGAACCUGCUGAUGCAGGGCCUCAACGGGGAGAAACCAGUGGCGAUGGAGGAGAGCGAGGAGCUGCUGCAGGUGGGGAGCACCUUGACCGGUUUCGGGGAGGUGGUGCUGGAGGAGGGUCAGGUAAUGAGGCUGCAGGCCCCACGGGACGGCCGUAAGUACGUCCUGAUGCCCACUGACUACAGGAGCUUCAUGGACGGGCACGAGAGAUCAGCUAACAUGUGGAAGAUGCUGACCGCUGUGACCGGCCUCACGGGGGCUUCUCUUCUGGCCAAAGUGAUUUAUGGCCUUGUGGGGAAUCAGGACAACAGAUCAAAGUAGGCUUCUAGGCGUAGAUGCUGCAGAUUUAACAGCUUUAAUUCCUGUGUGACGACUUUUUGGGUGUCCUAAUACUGCCUACGGUUAUUUGUCUUUUUUAGGGUCAUAAUUAUAGGAUGAUUUGUCAAAUAUUGGACAGAGUAUAUUGGGAAAGAAAGCACAAUAAGACUGUAGAAAACACAACACUGAAUACAAAUGAACAAAACAGACAUUUUCAAAGGCAACAAAAAAUAUUGUUUGAAAUUAGACAGAACCCAAGAUUUCUUAUCCUUAACAUUGUGUGUAUUUUUGAUAUGUUCUAUUUUUUUUAAGCACUACUGUACCUAAUUGACUACUUAGUUAUCUUAUUGAAGCUCUCAACACCCAAAUCCUACACCCGACAGAAUGGGGCAUUUUGGUCUGAUGGACACAAUCAUUUUGGUCUGCAGGCCUCUUUGUAGAGGGGGAGUAAUGAUGCACUGCAGCACGUUGAGCUGGAACCUGUCAUGUCAAUAAUGUGUCCUCCAAGUCAUCGGGCUUCAUUACAUGAAGCAUGUGAUUAAAUGUUUCAGAAGAGCACUCUUUGGGUGCAGGGUAUUUUACUUUAGAAAUCAACAUUUGUUGAAGGGAAUAUUUGUUUUUAUGAAAUUGUAUUUCUUUUAUAAUUAAAGGUGAAAUCAGCAAGUUUU